AUGAACGCAUUUAAUGCAAAUUUUGGCCAGGAUGAAGGCGUAGCUCGACGAGGUGCGGCACCGCGGGCCAAUAUGGAACGCGGUGACUGGCAUCGGUCCGAUGAGGAGUCCGACGACGAUGAGCCGGAUAUGAUGGAUCCGGUAAUCGCCGCCUCAUCGGACGAGGAGAACGAUGAGGACGUAGAGGACAGUGGCUACGGGUCAGAAGAGAGCGAGGCAGAGUCGGCGAUGAAUCCGGGCCACCAGGAGGAGGAAGAAGACGACGAGAUGUGGAGAGAGCUGGACGAGGCGGUAGCCAUGAUGGAGAACGAAGUGGCGGAUGAAGCUAGCAGCGGCCGAAGCAGCCCAGAUGAGUAUGCGCCGUGGGAUCAGGAAGAAAUACCUGAGCCACCGGCACAAGCAUGGGAGCCAGCACGGCCGCCGACGCCGUUUCGUAAGGUGGACUACAUGUCCGAAGCCAGCGAAUCGGAAGAGGAGGCCGUGGCUGGUGUGGGUGAGGCUGAAGGAGUGGCCAGCCAAACGCCUGGAAAUGUCGAAAAUGUGGUGCCAGGCGACGCAUACUUAUCAAGUGGAAUAUAUCAUUGCAAGAAAUGCAUGCAGGAAGACAAUGACCGCAUGGUGCAAUGCAAUCGAUGCUGUUCCUGGUAUCAUUUCGACUGCGUUGGAGUAAUUGACGAGAAAUCUGAGAACAGCUGGAACUGCGACUGCGUCAACGUGUCAUCGGAAGUCAUCACAACCAUAUUGAGCAACGCCCUGCAGAACCUCGGAAAUACCACACGAGCAGGCGAACCUCAGGCUACUUCGUCACCAGCAAAACCAACGGGGCCGCUACCAGAACCGGAUCGGGACUUUGGACUAUGCACACCAAAAAUAUUCCCGGACACAGCUAGGACGGCUGUUCCUAUCUUUUCUUCUGCCAAACAAAAAGCGAUGGUCACACACUCAGCUGUGCGUGACACGUGGCAUUACGAUCACGAGGCACCGUAG